AUGGACGACGAAAAAAACGACUAUAACCCAGAAGAGGAAGUUACCACAGGAAACUGGAAUACUCCAAAGAUUGAAUUAAAAGAAGUAGAAAUAAAAACUGGUGAAGAAGAUGAAAGUUUAUAUUGGUCAGGACGAUCAAAAUUGUAUAGAUGGGUAGAUGGUGAAUGGAAGGAAAGAGGAUUGGGUGAAUCGAAAUUAUUAUUACAUAAGAAAAAAGGAAUAAUAAGAUUUCUUUUAAGGCAAGAAAAAACCUUAAAGGUAGUAGCUAACCAUUAUAUAUAUCCAAACGAAUCUUAUUGUAAACUUGUACCAAAUGCAGGAAGUGAAAAAAUUUAUGCAUGGACAGUAAAGGAUUUUGCAGAAGAACCAAAAAUAGAGCAAUUUGCAUUAAAAUUUAAUACUGCGGAAGCUGCCAAAUUAUUUAAACAAAAGUUUGAUGAAGCGGGUAAAGUUAACCUUAAACUUCUUGAUGACAAAGGAGAGUUAAAAGAAAAACAUGAAAAGACGGAGGAAAAAAACAUAAAAGAGGAAAAAGAAGAAAAUGGCGAAGCUGAAGAAACAGGAAAAAUGGUCAAGGAGGAUACUAAAGAAGAGAGCAAAGAAAAAAAAAAGGACGAUGAAAAAGAAAAUAAAAAAGAAGAUGAUGAUAAAACAACAGAUGAAAAGAAAAACGGAAUGAAAGAGGAUAAGGAUAAAAAAAAUGAAGAAAACGAUGAAAAAGAAGAAGCAAAUAAAAAAAAAGACAAUGAUGAUAAAAAUAAGAAUAAAACGAAUGAAAAUAAGGAAGGGGUCAAACUGCAAGAAAAAGAUAAGGAAAAUUCAAAAAAUGACGAUAAGAAAAAAAAUGAGGAAGAUAAUAUUAAAAGGGAAAGUUGA